AUGGGUCUUCCACUUGAUGAAUGGGUUGAAACUGUCAAGCAAUGCAAAUACUUGCCAGAGAACGAUUUAAAGAAACUCUGUGAACGUGUCAAGGAGUUGUUAUUGGAAGAGUCAAACGUACAACCAGUUCGUAGUCCAGUCACCAUUUGUGGUGAUAUUCACGGUCAAUUCUACGAUCUCUUGGAGUUAUUCAAGACUGGUGGUGAAAUCCCUGAAACCAACUAUGUAUUCAUGGGAGAUUUUGUUGAUAGAGGAUAUUACAGUUUAGAGACAUUCACAUACUUGCUUGCUUUAAAGGCAAGAUACCCAGACAAGAUCACCUUGUUGAGAGGUAAUCACGAGAGUAGACAAAUCACCCAAGUAUAUGGUUUCUACGAUGAAUGCCAACAAAAGUAUGGUAAUGCCAAUGCUUGGAAGUAUUGUACCAGUGUUUUCGAUUUCUUAACCUUGGCUGCUAUUGUCGAUGGAAAGGUAUUAUGUGUACAUGGUGGUUUAUCACCAAAGGUUCGUACACUCGACCAAAUUCGUAUUAUUUCAAGAAAUCUUGAAAUUCCACAUGAAGGUCCAUUCUGUGAUUUAAUGUGGUCAGAUCCAGAAGAUAUUGAACAAUGGCAACCAAGUCCAAGAGGAGCUGGUUGGUUGUUUGGAUCAAAGGUAACACAGGAAUUCCAACAUAUUAAUAAUCUUGAUUUGAUUUGCAGAGCACAUCAAUUGGUCCAAGAUGGUUACAAGUACAUGUUUGAUGAGAGUUUGGUGACUGUAUGGUCGGCACCAAACUACUGUUAUCGUUGUGGUAAUGUUGCCUCGAUCUUGGCACUCAAUGAAAACUUGGACAGAGACUUUAAGAUCUUCCAAGCCGUUCAAGAAGAGAGAACCGUUCCUCCUCGUACUACUAUGCAAUAUUUCUUUUAA